CAGAAACCUUCAGCGAUGCCUCACUCACUGUUCCCCCUGUGCGUCCUGGGACUCAUCGCCCUCUCCUCCGCCUGCUACAUCCAGAACUGCCCCCGAGGAGGGAAACGAGCGCUGUCCGAGACUGGGAUCAGACAGUGCAUGUCCUGCGGCCCCGGAGACAGGGGGCGCUGCUUCGGCCCCAGCAUCUGCUGCGGGGAGGGUCUCGGCUGCCUGCUGGGCUCCCCGGAAACGGCUCACUGCGUGGAGGAGAACUACCUGCUCACACCCUGCCAGGUGGGAGGGAGACCCUGCGGGUCCGAUGGAGGACGCUGCGCCGCUUCAGGGCUCUGCUGCAACUCUGAGAGUUGUGUGGUGGACUCUGACUGCCUCGGGGAGACGGAGGUCACAGAUCCAGCUCACGGCUCUGCAGGGAGCUCACCCACGGAGCUCCUGCUUCGUCUGCUGCAUGCGGCCACCAGAGGACAAGUUGAGUACUGACACCGAGGUUCCCUCUGCUCCUCCGGACCCGAAGCUGCAACGGAAAUGAAGAUCAUCCUUGAUUCCCUACAAGCCUCAAAAUCCAAACUCUGAGCCAAAAUAACAUAGCCAAGUCAACAGCCACUGCGUUUUCUGUUAUCCUCUCCUGUGCUAAUUCUAUUUCUGUUUGAAAUGUAUCCAACACGUUCUCUUAUUAGCUACAGAUUCUGAGAGAGAUGAUUUAACCAAAACAGUAGAUUUCACGUUUAUUCCCAAAUCAAGAAUGUAUAUACUUAUGCACAUACUGUAAACAAAGCCUAUUCUUUAUGAGGGAGCUCCACUUCAAAUGAGUGAGUUACAGCAGAACGCGAUGUAAAUAAGACAAAAGAUAAAGGUUGCUGCAGACAUCAGUGUAAAACCGAGACAAUGCUUGAGCAGUUACUUCUUGUGUAGUAGAAAUAUUAUUGUACACUGAAAAUGGGAGAAAUAAUACAGAAUGUAUCACUGCCAAAAAAAAAAAAAAAGCUGUUUGUUGUUUGUUCUCAUGAUACUUUGUGCUCAGGUUAACCACACCAUUAACUGAAGCACCUCGUAAUGAAACGUGUUUAUCCACUUGCGAGAGUUUCUGUGAGAAAUACUAAAAGGAAUGUUAUUUCUCCGAAACCCCUUCGGAGAAAUGUUAAUCGUUAUAGUUUGAUAAGUUUCGGUUCACGUAUAAAAUAUUUAUUGAGCAAUCUUUCACGCUAAUCUUUAGCCGCUGUGCCCAUUGCAUAAUUUGGAACUGUGCGAGUUUAAUCACAUCCUUCAAUCAGACAUAGCUCUGUAUGGUGUGUACCAACAUGUCCAAUUUGCGUAAAUGGAAGAGAGUGACUUCUAAUCAUCCCGUUCUUUUGUGUGCUGGCUGAAAGCUGAUGUGGCUGCCAGGGCUGCACUUUGUCAGUACUUUGCCGCAGAGCCAGCUGGAACCAGAUGGGGGACCUCCCUCAUUUUGACAGUUAAAAUGUUUUGAUUGACUCGUCACCUGCGCUGCAUAUCACAUAUCACAUCUUGAUCUUUAAGAAGUUGUACCUCUGACUCAUCCAUCAUUGUACACAACGUGAAAAAGUGUUGCCCUCUGGCCCGGUUACAGUGGUGAUGAAUUGUCAUGCGAAUGAAUAAAUGCAUACGACCAUAUAGUGUA